AUGGGGGUCGUAAAAUUUGACGACACUCCUAGUACAGAGAACCCGUUGCCGAACCAUGGUGAUCAAGGGGUAAACGCAAUUGGGGAAAAUGGUAUGAGAAGGAUUAAAGAGGACAUGGCUGAGGUAAGAAUGCCAAUGAAAGUAAUCUGGGAAGAAAUGAUGAAAAGAGAGAUGAUAAUCUCUGAAGAAGGAAAUAAAGAAGCGAGGGACUACUGCGAGUUCCAUGCAGAAGAGGGACACGAGAUCCAGGAAUGUGACGAGUUUAAGGCUUUGGUACAAAACCUUAUGGAUAAUAAGGAGCCGAAAUUUUAUGAAGCUGGCUUAGAUGAGGGACACGUAUGCGCAUUGGAAGGUGAACCAAAGAAUCAAAGAAUCAACCGGCCAAGGAUUAUUAUUUCUCUACCAAGGAAUAAUGAAGUUGAGACACAAACAGCGCCGAAAGUCAUUAUUCACAAACCCUUUUCCUUUUCUUAUAAGGAUAACAAGAGGGUACCCUGGAAUUAUGACUACAAUGUGACAAUGCCGGAGAGAGAAGAUAUAGCUAGUACUUCUAAGGAGGCUCAAGUUGAAGGUUCCUACACACGUAAUGGGAAGCGUUAUGAUUCAGGAGGCAUCAGAGUUGAGCCCAUGAAAGUGAAAGCCUUUGAUAUUGAGAAGGAGAAUGGGGUUGAGGUACUUGUUAAUGAGCCAGUGAAGGAAGAAGAAGCUAGAGAGUUCCUAAAAUUCCUGAAACACAGUGAGUAUAGCGUGGUUGAACAAUUGCGCAAACAACCAGCUCGCAUAUCAGUGUUCACUUUGCUUCUGAGUUCAGAGGUACAUCGUGAGGCAUUAAUGAAGGUGCUCAAUGAGACUUACAUUACUAAUGAUAUAUCCGUCAACAAGUUGGAUCGAUUGGUUAGUAACAUAAGUGCUAACAACUUCAUUUAUUUCAAUGAUGAUGAAAUCCUACCUGGUGGCAUGGGAUCAGCUAAAGCUUUGGACAUCACCACUCGCUGCAAAGGAUAUAAAUUGCUAAGUGUGCUUACUGAUAAUGGGUCAGCCUUAAAUGUCCUGCCAUUGUCCACAUUGAACAUAUUGCCCAUAGACAGUUCUCACAUGAAAACAUGCCAUAAUGUAGUGAGAGCAUUCGAUGGUACGGAGAAAAAGGUCAUGGGAGGAAUUGAUAUCCCUUUGAUGAUCGGGCCAAACAUGUAUGAGGUAGAAUUUCUAGUGAUGGACAUCAAGCCUUCUUAUAAUUGCUUAUUGGAAAGGCCUUGGAUACAUUCGACAGGAGCGGUGCCCUCAUCUUUGCACCAGAAAUUGAAGCUAGUAAUAGACGGACGGCUGGUCACCAUAAAUGCGGAGGAAGACAACAUAGCAGCAGUUACCAGUGACGCACCCUAUGUAGAGGUGAACGAGGAGGCUAUUGAGUGUUCUUUUCGCUCAUUAGAAUUCGUUAAUGCAACAUUUAUUUCAGAGGGGAAUGAGGUGCCGGUGCCUAAGAUAUCCAGAACCACAAGAAUGGGUUUGCAGAUAACAGUGGGGAAAGGAGCCUUGCUAGAAAAUGGAUUGGGAAGAUAUCUCCAAGGAGGGAUUCAAGUUCCAGAACUAAAGGAGAAGAGAGACCAUUUUGGCUUGGGUUUCAGGCCAGAUCACAGGCAGAAGAGGAAGGAAAUAGAGAAGUGUCAAGAAAGAAGAAGAGCGCGUUUAAGUGGAAGAGAAGUAGAGUGGGAAUCGAUGACGUUUCCUCAUAUAUCUUAG